UAGAUAUAUAAUAAUGAUACACACCUAUAUAGUAUAUAAUGAACCAAUGCUAGUGAUCUUGAUCAGUCCAUUACGUAGUGACUUGCGUUAAAAUGCUGAAGUUGCAAAUUAUUCUCACUCUCGUGUGGGCGGGUUUGGCGUUGUGCAAACAGUACAAGUACAAUGCUGACGUCGAUGGUUGGUUGAAAGUUCACAAGGCUCCUCUAACGUGGUUGGAAGCUUUCAUGAAGUGUCACUUGGAAGAUGCAGUUUUAGCGUCACCCUCAACUGCCGAACUACGUACAGCUAUGUUGAAUGCGGUGGAGGAAUCAGGAAUCGAUUUUCCUAUUUACAUAGGAAUUAAAGAAUUGUUCGUUUAUGGACAUUACACAUCUAUCGAAGGGGUUCAAUUAGAAGACAUGCCUGUUAAGUUUCCUUCUACCAAUGGCACAAAACCUAAAGAGUGUAUGAGUAUGACAAGAGAUAGAGCAGUCACAUUUAAUAGCUGCGACCAAUGGUGGCCAUACAUUUGCUAUAAGAAAAACUCUACUCAACUGAAGUACAACUUCGAUUGUGGAACUUUUGACCCAGCGUACCACUACAAUUCUGUGACGGGUAGCUGCUACAAGUUGCACAAGCAAGCAAGGACUUGGAAAGGAGCAAAUAAGGUGUGCGUUGCCGAGGGAGGCCACCUCGUUAUCAUCAACGAUCAAAAGGAGGCUGACGUCGUGGUGAAUUUAUUGAAAGAAAAAUUACCACAAAAGAAUGAUUCUUUUGAUCUACUAUCCCACACUGGAUUUUAUAACUGGAACAGCGAUUUAUUAACCUUCCUUACUAUUCAUGGAGAGAAAAUGGAUACUGUUUACAAUAACUGGUACAACAAUAAAAAUUACAUCAAAGGUGUGCAUGCAUUUGGAGGAAUCUUAGGUAGCGGUAGACUGGAUAUAGGAACGACCGCUCGAGAAGCUUACUUUGUUUGUGAAAAGGAUCCAAACAUUCAACUUUUUGACCAGCAAGAAAGAAUAUUAAGGAAGAUUUAUUGAAUGUAAAUGAAGAUUCGAUUCUGAGCCAAAAUCUGAUUUCUUAAUUGUAAAACAUUAGCAAGUUAUUCAAUGUAUGUAAAUUGUAACGUCUAAACUAGCUAAGAAUAUUCUAAUAUGGUAACAAAUUUAGAUUAUUAUAUUACAUUAUAGUUAUUACUUUUUUUUAUGAAACACGCCGGUAAUCGAGCAGGCGUAUUACCUGAUGGUAAGCAAUCGCUGCCGCCCAUGGACACUUGAAACACCAGAGGCGUUACAAGGGCGUUGCUUUUUGGGAGUUAGGAAUUUAAAGGUUGUUGAGGAAUCGGGGAUUGGGAAGAUUGGGAAGGGGGGAAUUGAGCCUCUGGUAACCGCACUCACACAACGAAACACAACGUAAGCGUUGUUUCACGUUGGUUUUCUGUAAGACCGUGGUAUCACUCCGGUCGAGCCGGCCCAACUUUAUUGCGCAUCAAUGUAAAUGGGUGGGUCUUUAUUUGAAAUUCAUUAUUUGUUACCAGUUUAACUGCGUGUUCCCGAUUAAAGUUAAUCCUAUAAUAGGAGUAACUUUAAAAGAAGCACAAUGACUUGCGAUUCUAGAACGGUAAAAGUACACAUAAUCCUUAUCCAUGCUAAUAUUAUGAAUAUGAAACUAUGUGUCUGUUUAUUUGUCCGUCUUUCGCGGCAAAAUAGACCCACGGAUUGACAUGAUUUUUUUUUCAUUUGAAAGAAGGUGUCGAAAAACAAUAAAAUAUAUUCAGUUAACUUAAA